AUGAGUGGGCAACCAAUUGUUCUCGACCAAGGUACAGGUUUUGUAAAAAUCGGUAGAGCAGGGACUAACUUCCCUGACCACACAUUCCCCUCCAUAGUUGGUAGACCCAUCUUGAGAGCAGAAGAAAGAAACAUACUCCUUCCAAAUGAUAUCGAAAUCAAAGACAUCAUGUGUGGAAGUGAAGCCAGUGAGGUCAGAUCCUUGUUACAAAUCAGUUAUCCCAUGGAGAACGGUAUCAUCAAAAACUGGGAAGACAUGGAACAUUUGUGGGACUACGCUUUCUACGAAAGAUUGAAACAGCCCACCGAAGGUGAAAAGAUUUUGUUGACCGAACCCCCAAUGAACCCAUUGAAGAACAGAGAAACCAUGUGUGAUGUCAUGUUUGAAAAAUACCAGUUCGGCGGAGUUUACGUCGCAAUCCAAGCAGUUUUGGCGUUAUACGCACAAGGUUUAAGUUCUGGUGUCGUAGUCGACUCGGGUGAUGGUGUGACACAUAUUGUUCCAGUUUACGAAUCCGUAGUCUUGAACCAUUUGACGAAGAGAUUGGAUGUCGCAGGUAGAGAUGUCACUAGAAACUUGAUCAAUCUUUUAUUGCGUCGUGGAUAUGCAUUCAAUAGAACCGCUGAUUUUGAAACUGUUCGUCAAAUUAAGGAAAAGUUAUGUUACGUGUCUUACGACUUGGACUUGGAUACAAAAUUAGCACAAGAGACUACCACUUUGGUAGAGUCAUAUGAAUUGCCUGAUGGUAGAGUCAUUAAGGUUGGAUCGGAAAGAUUCGAAGCACCAGAGUGUUUAUUCCAACCACAUUUAGUUGAUGUUGAACAACCAGGUGUUGGUGAGACAUUAUUCAAUACCAUUCAGAGUGCCGAUGUUGACGUUAGAUCUUCAUUGUUCAAAGCAAUUGUGUUAUCGGGUGGAUCCUCCAUGUACCCAGGUUUGCCAUCUAGAUUGGAGAAGGAAUUGAAACAGUUAUGGUUAACAAAGGUCUUAAAGGGUGACGCUUCUAGAUUGGACAAAUUUAAGGUAAGAAUCGAAGAUCCUCCAAGAAGAAGACACAUGGUUUUCAUCGGUGGUGCGGUAUUGGCCAACAUUAUGGCUGACAAAGAGCACAUGUGGAUCUCGAAACAAGAAUGGGAAGAACAAGGUCCAAGAAUCUUGGAAAAGUUGGGUCCACGUUAA